AUGUCAUGUCUCCUGUUUGAUUUUGCCAUUGAGCCGUUGGCGUGUGCGCUUCGCGCGUCGACACUGCGGGGAAUUUUGAUUCCGGGGGAUACGGAGAGACUGAUCGCGACACUUUUCGCUGACGACACUACUGUCUUUCUUGGAGAAGGCGAUGACUAUGCGACAGUCCUGGUCCCAACGGACAUUUGGUGCAAGGCGGCACGUGCAAGAUUUAACCUGGAGAAGACGGAGGUCAUACCUCUUGGAACGCAGGAGCAUCGCGCGCAGGUCUUGGCGACGAGAUGUCUGCACGAAGGCGCGACCCCGAUACCGACGAAUGUUCAUAUUGUAGCAGACGGCGAGGCGGUGAGGUCGCUGGGGGCAUGGGUAGGAAACCAUGCGGAAGCGGCUGCACCGUGGAAUGCGAUGAUCACCACGAUGAAAAAGAAUCUUGAGCAUUGGAAUAGAGGGAAGCCGACGCUGUUGGGCAGGAAGCUAGCAAUUGACUUGGAAGUGGGUGGACGCACUCAGUUCCUUGCGAAGGCGCAAGGCAUGCCGAAGGUGGCGGAGGACGCCAUAACUCGCAUGAUCGCCGAUUUCAUGUGGAACGGAGAUACCCACCCGCGGAUUGACAGGGGGACGUUGUACGCACCGGUCACAGAGGGGGGCCUG